GUUGGUGAGUUCUCUCUACGAAGCUUAAACAGCCAUCCAUCAUGCUACUGAAGAGAAACACAGGUCUCAUGAUGCUGAUGCUGUGUACUCUGGCUCUGUGGGCCAAGUCAGUCAGUGCAGGCUCCAGCUUCCUCAGCCCCUCUCAGAAACCACAGGUAAGACAGGUAAAGUGUAGCAGACGUGUGUUUGUGUGUAAGGUUAAUGAAUUGUGUGAAAAAUGUGUGUGUGUGCGUGUGUGAGUAAUGUUCUAGUAAAUGUGUGAAUAAGGUAGUGUGUUACUCACUGUCACGGCCCUGCAGGGUAAAGGGAAGCCCCCUCGAGUUGGUCGGCGAGACAUUGAGAGCUUUGCCAAGCUGUUUGAGGGUCCCCUUCGCCAGGAAGACAAACACAUUGCGGUGAGUGACACAAAGAAGGUUGCUGAUGCACACGGAUUUACCUCUUAAAAAUAGCUCUACAAAUCCAACACUGCUGCUGAAUUCCAAAUCAACCCAAUGCCCCUACCAUCCACUCAGCCUAUCAGUGUCUAAAAUGGCUUUAUUAACAUUUUGCUUAUCCCUAUCUGUUGCUUUCAAAACUACAUAACGUGCCAAGGGAUAAGGGCUAGGUUUAAUUUGGAUACUGAUCAGCUCUGCCUGUCCUCAGAUCAAGGCUCCUUUUGAGAUGGGCAUCACCAUGAGUGAGGAGGAGUUCCAGGAGUAUGGUGCCGUGCUGCAGAAGAUCCUACAGGACGUCCUGGGAGAUACUGCCACUGCAGGUGCCCUGCUCUGACAUUUGACCUUACAUACAGCACUACUACUCGAGUUGGAUAGAGACGGUGGCGAUUUUAGCCUGUAAAUCCUGGUGGGGCAAACUACAAAAACAUUUUUCAUGCAUACCAGCAAAGCCCUUACACAACACUAAACAAUACAUUAAUUGCAGUAUAAUGGUGACAAACAGUGCCCACAAACUGUUAGGGCCUACAUAAAGCUGUCCCAACAGCAGAGUCCCAACACCUUACCACUGCUACACCUGGCUAUCAGCAGAGCAUUGUCUGGCAGCGAAACAGUUAAUUCAGCCUCAUUUACUGCCUUUUAAAAAACAGCUGAUUUGGCUGACUUGCUUAAACAAAUGUGGUUUCUACUGACAAUUGAGAUGUACAUACUAUUGUAUAAGGGAACGAUGAGCAGAUAAGAGGUAAUCCGUAAUUUCGAUUAAGACAUUAAUCAGCGAGCUAAAACGGAUGUAGUCAAUCUAACUAUUUGUUCAGCACUUUCUAAAUCUACAGCGACAUAAUUCAGAACAUGGGCCAUUCUUACAGUAUUCUCCCUGUACACCAAGUCAGAACCAUAGGAUAAAUAAAGGGUGCAUAUAAGCAGACAAUGAAAGCUAUUACAAUAUUUGAGGAUGACAUUUCCCUUAAACAGACUAUAGGCUGUGCACCACCAAGUCAGAACAGUAGGCUAAGUUAUGAGGAAAGGGACCAGAUUAUUAGGGUGAGGCACAUGGGCUACUAACAGCUUACUACACAACAAACAUGUAAUAUUACUUCUUAGCUACAGUAUACAUAUCUCCCUGGUAUAUUACAUCAUUUAUGCAGCAGCAUACAAUACAUUUUUGGACUCAAAUUGUUGUGCUGUGCUCACUUGAACAGGAAGGCGGCGUGGUGGUCGUUCUUGUGGGCAAAUUUAGUCAUCAAAGUCUGGCAUUCUCUGGAUUUAUGGUGCUUUCAAGACAACUGGGAACUCGGGAAAAAAAUAAGGUUGAAUCAUGACGUCAGUGCUCUUCAGGUCGGAGCUCUAGAAAGAGGCCAGAGUUCCCAAAUCCCGACUUGGAAUUCAGAGUUGGAUGACCGUUCAAAACGUAUUUUCCGAGUCUAGGAGCUUGUUCUCAGUUGUCUUGAACUCACUGAAGUCUGAGAUUAACCCUGUUUCCGAGUUUCCAGUUGUUUUGAACGCGGCAGAAGUCAUGCUGGAUUGACAGCAUGGCCAAUUUAUUCAACCUUUUCUGGCCCAUGGUGUUGCAUGUGAAUGUUUAUCCUUUUAAGCUUGGAAAAGAGACCCUUAAACCCAGACAUGGACCACACACCCUCUCCACUGAAUAGCAGGCCAGUGAUUGCUUUGCAACGCUUGCAGUUAGCCACUGAUUCCUUCCAAACCACUCAUUGUUGAAUUUGCUAUUUCCAACUUGUUGUGUAAUGUUUAUGUCCUAUGGCUGAUGCGCAAAGAUACGUUUUAUCUAUCAUUUAUCUUCCUAUGACAAGGAUUGAAAAGGAUUUGCCAGUAGAUUGUCGACUUGAUUCAUGAUGAUGACUGCUUGUCUAGCUUGCUAGCUAAGAUUUUGAAAGUAUGAUGUUGACAUGAUCAGUCCAAUCAAAGCUACAGUAGAUAUAACGUGAUUGUAUGUAAUUAUAUCUGUGGCCAAUGACCUUGAGCCUUCUUGGAUGGGCACUUCUAAUGUAAAACUAUGGCAGGACCCAAAGGGCUUACAUUUUCGAGCUCUCCCUGUAGAUUUUGCAGUGACGUAGUGUCCCCAUGAGUGACAGAACACUGAGACAAUCACGGCGCAAAUAGAGAACCUUACCAACCCCUUCGUAUUUUCCGCUGGCUGCCCCAUCACCACCACAGAAAGCACUGAGCUAGGCUGAAACACCUGCAUUUUGGAGCUGCCUUACUCAAGAAAGCAAAAAAGAAACAAUUAACUCAAUGAUUAUUUUUUAAACAUUGUUUGCAAACUGAUAUGUGACACGUAUUAAUGCCAAAAUAACAUGCAAAACAGGCAACAACAAAAAUAAAACAUUAAAAAAUGUUUUUGCUAAGAGCCCCACCUGCCCUGAAUGACAGGUCGCCACUGGAUAAAGAGUAACUGCCUGUUCAUGAUGGUGGCUAUAACAACUUAUUAGCACAUAUUUGGAACGAACCAUAUUUGGAGCCAAAGAACAGUCGUCUGUCAUAUCUAAACCACCAGACAGACAGCAGAGUGCAUUAAAUGUUCCAGAGCAGCACUGUUUAAAAUCAUGUUUUUGUGUUUCAGAAUGAUCACAACUUGGCAUAGACACAGAAUACGAAGAACCUUCCAUUUCCUGUUCUCCAACUUUCUUUUCUCUAUUUGUCUUAUACCAGAUUUACUGUGUGAACAUCGUUUGAAUUAUAAAAGAUGAAUAAAAUAACACUGC